CACUCUGCGCUUUGGCCGGAUGUGCGGAGCGCGACUCGGGCGCCGGCGUCCCGCCGGGCCGGGUUCCCCCAGCGGCCCCAGAGCACCUUGUGCCGGGCCGGAUGGACCGAGAGACGCGCUCCCUCGCCGAGCGCCACUUCCGAAGCGGCGGGGGCGGCGGUCAAGCCCAGGGGCGCGUGGCCUUCAUCCCGGAGCCUGCCGCCUUCUCCUACGCCGACUUCGUCCGCGGCUUCCUGCUGCCCAACCUGCCCUGCGUGUUCUCCGCCGCCUUUACAGAGGGCUGGGGCGGCCGGCGGCGCUGGGUGACUCCCGCGGGCAGGCCGGACUUCGACCACCUGCUGCAGGCCUACGGAGAUGUGGUUGUGCCUGUUGCAAACUGCGGGGUCCAGGAAUACAACUCGAACCCCAAAGAACACAUGCCCCUCAGAGACUACAUCACCUACUGGAAAGAGUACAUCCAAGGGGGCUACUCCUCUCCCAGAGGCUGUCUCUACCUCAAAGACUGGCACCUGUGCAGGAACUCCGCGGUGGAGGAUGUGUUCACCCUGCCUGUGUACUUCUCCUCCGACUGGCUGAACGAGUUCUGGGAUGCCCUGGAUGUGGAUGACUACCGAUUUGUCUACGCUGGGCCCAAGGGCAGCUGGUCUCCGUUCCACGCUGACAUCUUCCGCUCCUUCAGCUGGUCCGUCAACAUCUGUGGGAGGAAGAAGUGGCUCCUCUUCCCUCCGGGGCAGGAGGAGGCCCUACGGGACCGCCACGGCAACCUGCCCUACGACGUGACCUCCCCCUCGCUUCUCGAUGCCCAUCUGUACCCGAGGCGCCAGCACUGCGGCCCACCCCUGGAGGUCACGCAGGAGGCAGGCGAGAUGCUGUUCGUGCCCAGCGGGUGGCACCACCAAGUCCACAACCUGGAUGACACCAUCUCCAUCAACCACAACUGGGUGAAUGGCUUCAACCUGGCCCGCAUGUGGCACUUCCUGCAGCAGGAGCUGCGCGCCGUGCAGGAGGAGAUCGGCGAGUGGAGGGACUCCAUGCCUGACUGGGACCGCCACUGUCAGGUCAUCAUGCGGUCCUGCUCCGGCAUCAACUUUGAAGAGUUCUACCACUUCCUCAAGGUUAUCGCCGAAAGGAGGCUGCUCGUCCUGGGCGAGGGCACGGCAGGGGGCAGUUCGGGUGCGGAGCUGGGCCCUGAACAGGCGGCAUUCGAUGUCGGGCGCAUCGCGGAGGUGCUGGCCUCUGUGGUCGAGCACCCUGACUUCCAGAGAGUGGACACCAGCAUGUUCUCACCCCAGCCCAAGGAACUGCUGCAGCAGCUGAAGGAGGCCAUUGCUGUCACCUCAGUCCUUUAGUGCCCUCCCCACCUUGAGCAACGUGGCCUGGGUGUCCCGGGAAUGGCCCUUCCCAUGGGUCCUGGCCACCCGUGGCUGUUGUCCAGGUCCCUGUUUUCAGGGCUGCGAGGUCAGGGCCCCUGGAUCCGCUGAAAGGGUGACAAGGUGGGGUGUUGGUCCAUCCGACCUACAGCAAGCCUGGGAGAGCUUGGGCUGGGUGGCGAUGUGACCGAGUUUUCUUGGAGUCCCCGCACCCCUAGCGAAGGCCAGAACACUGAGCCAAGGGGCAUACGCAUACUGUCUGCCUGCUCUGGAGGCUCCUCCUCGCGGCGUGGAGCCGCCAUGUGCUCAGCAGGGCUCGAGGCAGGAAGCUGGGCCCGCCCUACCUCCCGUGUGGGCGACCGGGUCGGGCAGAGCUGGGCCACAGAGCCUGCAACCUGGGCGCUCCUUCCUCGUGGCCCCCACACAGCAGGCCUGGCCUCUGAACUGGAGCCGCAGAGAGCCUCCCACUAGUGGCCUGUCUGCCCUCCGGGAAGCUUGGCUGCUCCUCUGCCAGCCUCCUACUGAGUCCUGGGCCCAGAGGGGCUGUGGCUAGUGUCAGUCACACUUGCUGUGCUUAGCAGGUGCCCGUAAAUCCCCGAGGGAGGAGGGAGCAGGCGGGCUGUGUCCCCUGCCCAGCGCCUCUGCCUGUAGCUCACGCAGCUCGGUGCCACCUGGCCCUCUGCGCGGAUGAGUCUUCCACCGCUGCUGCGCACUGGGCACAGCGGCCGGGGUGUGAGUGUGCUGCUCACCACGGCUCGUCCUGGCCCCUGUGAAGGCACAGCGGACCAGCGGCCUGGUUCACGCCAUGGGGGUGGGCUCUAGGGGACCACCCUUGGCUCUGUGGCAGAAGAUGCCCCAGACCUUGGCCCUCUAGUAAGAACUGAGAGGGUGGGGGCCAGGCCUCUGCCUGUGUGCCCUCGACCCCAAGUCCACUCCUUUUCAGUUGGCCCUGGGUCUGCUGUCCCCACGCCAGCAGUGGAGGACACAUGUGACUGCUCUGACGUCCAGUGCUGCUGCCUGACCCUGGCUAGGAUGGACACCCAGGAGGGCAGGGACUUCUGUCUCUUCUGUUAAAUGAAUUAUGCUAAGUGCCUGGAAAAGCAACUGUACAAGUAGGCA